CCCCUAGGCUUCGUGGCCCGGCGCGAAGCGGCCGGCCAGUGUGGAGCCCGCACCGUCGCUGGCCGCGUCCCCCGGGCAUGGAAGCAGGCGGCAAGCCCAACUCCUCGUCCAGCUGCCGCGACGAUGGCAACAGCGUCUUCCCCGCCAAGGCGGUCGUCGCGGGGCCGGGCGCGGCCGAGAAGCAGCUGGGGACCCCGCUGGGGGGCGGCGCGGCGGGCGCCAAGGAGCACGGCAACUCCGUGUGCUUCAAGGUGGACGGCGGCGGCGGCGGCGACGAGGCGGCGGGCGGGGAGGACGGCGAGGGGCCCCGGCGGCAGUACGGCUUCAUGAAACGCCAGUUCACCUCCAUGCUCCAGCCCGGGGUCAACAAAUUCUCCCUCCGCAUGUUCGGCAGCCAGAAGGCGGUGGAGAAGGAGCAGGAAAGGGUUAAAACUGCAGGCUUCUGGAUCAUCCACCCCUACAGCGAUUUCAGGUUUUAUUGGGACUUAAUAAUGCUGAUAAUGAUGGUUGGAAAUCUGGUCAUCAUACCAGUUGGAAUCACAUUCUUUACAGAGCAAACAACGACACCAUGGAUUAUUUUCAAUGUGGCAUCAGAUACCGUUUUCCUAUUGGACCUGAUCAUGAAUUUUAGGACUGGGACUGUCAAUGAAGACAGUUCUGAAAUCAUCCUGGACCCUAAAGUGAUCAAGAUGAAUUAUUUAAAAAGCUGGUUUGUGGUUGACUUCAUCUCAUCAAUUCCAGUGGAUUAUAUCUUUCUCAUUGUAGAAAAAGGAAUGGAUUCAGAAGUUUACAAGACAGCCAGGGCACUUCGGAUUGUGAGGUUUACAAAAAUACUCAGUCUCUUGCGGUUACUACGACUUUCAAGGUUAAUUAGAUAUAUACAUCAGUGGGAAGAGAUAUUCCACAUGACCUAUGAUCUCGCCAGUGCGGUCGUGAGAAUUUUUAAUCUCAUCGGCAUGAUGCUGCUCCUAUGCCACUGGGAUGGAUGUCUGCAGUUCUUAGUUCCUCUCCUGCAGGAUUUCCCACAAGACUGUUGGGUUUCUCUAAACAAGAUGGUUAAUGUUUCUUGGGGACAACAGUAUUCAUAUGCACUCUUCAAAGCAAUGAGUCACAUGCUGUGCAUUGGGUAUGGAGCCCAAGCCCCAGUCAGCAUGUCUGACCUCUGGAUUACCAUGUUGAGCAUGAUUGUCGGUGCUACCUGCUAUGCCAUGUUUGUCGGCCAUGCCACUGCUUUAAUCCAGUCAUUGGAUUCUUCCAGGCGGCAAUACCAAGAGAAGUAUAAGCAAGUGGAGCAAUACAUGUCCUUCCAUAAGUUACCAGCUGACAUGCGUCAGAAGAUACAUGAUUAUUAUGAACACAGAUACCAAGGCAAAAUCUUCGAUGAGGAAAAUAUUCUCAAUGAACUUAAUGAUCCACUGAGAGAGGAGAUAGUCAACUUCAACUGUCGAAAACUGGUGGCUACAAUGCCUCUUUUUGCUAACGCGGAUCCUAAUUUUGUGACGGCCAUGCUGAGCAAGUUGAGAUUUGAGGUAUUUCAACCUGGAGACUAUAUCAUUCGAGAAGGAGCUGUGGGGAAAAAAAUGUAUUUCAUUCAACAUGGUGUUGCUGGUGUCAUCACCAAGUCCAGUAAAGAAAUGAAGCUGACAGAUGGCUCUUACUUUGGAGAAAUUUGCCUGCUGACCAAGGGUCGCCGCACUGCCAGUGUUCGAGCUGAUACAUAUUGUCGUCUUUAUUCCCUUUCUGUGGACAAUUUCAAUGAGGUCCUGGAGGAAUAUCCAAUGAUGAGGAGAGCCUUUGAGACAGUUGCCAUCGACCGACUAGAUCGGAUAGGAAAGAAAAACUCCAUUCUUUUACAGAAGUUCCAGAAGGAUCUGAACACCGGUGUUUUCAAUAAUCAGGAGAAUGAGAUCCUGAAGCAGAUCGUGAAACAUGACAGGGAGAUGGUGCAGGCAAUCGCUCCAAUCAAUUACCCUCAAAUGACAACCCUGAAUUCCACAUCUUCCACCGCCACUCCAACCUCGCGCAUGAGGACACAGUCCCCGCCAGUGUACACAGCCACCAAUCUGUCUCAUAGCAACCUGCAUUCCCCCAGUCCCAGCACACAGACACCCCAGCCGUCUGCCAUCCUGUCGCCCUGCUCCUACACCACGGCGGUCUGCAGCCCUCCAGUACAGAGCCCACUGGCCACGCGAACUUUCCACUACGCCUCCCCCACCGCCUCGCAGCUGUCCCUCAUGCACCAACAGGUGCCGCAGUCCCAGCCACCCCAGACUCAGCCGCAGCCGCAACAGCCUCAGACACCGGGCAGCUCCACACCGAAGAACGAAGUACACAAGAGCACGCAGGCGCUGCACAACACCAACCUGACCCGGGAAGUCAGGCCCCUCUCGGCUUCGCAGCCCUCGCUGCCCCACGAGGUGUCCACGCUGAUCUCCAGACCUCAUCCCACUGUGGGCGAGUCUCUGGCCUCCAUCCCUCAACCCGUGACGGCUGUCCAUGGCACGGGGCUUCAGGCCGGGGGCAGGAGCACCGUCUCGCAGAGAGUCACCCUCUUCAGACAGAUGUCAUCUGGAGCCAUCCCACCCAACCGGGGAGUCCCGCCCGCACCCCCUCCACCAGCACCCGCUCUGCAGAGAGAGGCUUCCCCAGUCUUAAACACAGACUCAGAUGCAGAAAAGCCACGAUUUGCUUCAAAUUUAUGA